UCUAAUCGAAGAUCCAAACACUAACAAUGGAAUAUCUCAAAGAAUUACUAGUGCCAAAAACAUUCAACAGAGUCAGCCAUGUCGCAGUUGUUCUCUGGAUUAUGAUCGGUGCCAUCUUCUUUGGCGUUUUUGCUGACAUAGAAAGCGGCGAAGCCAGGUAUGAUUUCCGUUGUGGCGGUGCCGACGGUGAACACAUAGACCUCGUCCGUGGAAACUGUUUUGAACUAUACGAGAAGUAGUACAACAAAUACAGCCUUCCUGUUUAUGGCUUCGUGAUCGCUAACUUCUGCCUUAUUGGAACUGUCUGUGCUAUUUACUCUCAUUUAGUGGGACCUACAGUCGAUCAACUGUCGCGAAGCAUUCGUGACAGCGACCCUGAGAGACAGCCGCUCGAACAAGAGAACCCACCAUCAAACCGAUACAAGCUUUUCAUCGCUUACUGUUGUCAACUAUCCGCAAGAUUUGUUUUCGGAGUUCUCUUCAUAUUCCUAAAAACUCAUUUUCUUUAUACUACGGACUUUCCCUCCAGCUUUCCUUGUUUUCUAUCCUCUGGAGAGAAUCAGCCAAGGAAUUCUACUGGUGUCAUGCAAAACUCCACAUCAAUUUUACACGAGUGUCAUAAUCAACGAGCAACUAAGAAAAACUCCUGGAUGUUCGCUGUCCUGAUCGUGAACGGAAUUUUAGUCUUUAGCAUCCUGAUGGAAACCGUCUAUAUUUUGACACAAGCGCGGAAAGGGAACAGCUUCAUGGAAAAUCUAAAUUUUCUAAAAGCUCACCUGAAUCCCCCUCCAGACAACCCGCAAAAUGCUACCGCCUCGGUCAGGUUCAACCAAGAACUUCUGCAGCGAGGAGAAAGAACAGAACUGGAGACAAACCUCGCACGAGAACCUCAGCAGCAUGAAGAAAGAACAGAUUGUGAGACAAACAUCGCACAAACACAAGAACCUCACCAGCACGAAGAAAGAACAGAACGUGAGACAAACAUCCCACAAAGACCUCAGCAGAAAGACGAAAGUGGAACAGAACAUGAAACAAACAUCCCACAACUGCAGCCAAGCGAGCCUGAACAACUUCAAAAAUUCAUCGAGAAAACAAAGAAAAUGAUCAGAGAAGACACAUAUCAACCUCCACAACUCCGGUCACUUUUUACAAGAAACCCAGCUAAACAUUUGACACUGGAUCAGAUUUACACAAACCUUGUUGUUGUACCGGACAGGGCUAGUUAUGACUUUACUGAAGACAGACGGAAGAAUUUGGAACUCUACGCCAGGUCAGGUGAGAAAAACAAAACACUGAGGGGGCCAGAGGACAUUCUUAAUCACGAAAACAAACACGUUUUGAUUGUCGGUCGUCCGGGAAUCGGGAAGACACUAUGCUGUACAAAAAUUCUUAGAGACUGGGCAUCUAACAAACUAUUCCAUAAAACAACUGAUCACGAAAUCCACUUUGAUGCUGCUUUCUUUGUCAAAUUCAGAACAUUGAACACUGCACCCGACCUUACCCUUAGAGAGCUACUGACGCGCUCCACAUACUCACUCAGCAAUCAACUGGAUGAUGAAGUCUGGAAUUACAUUCCUUAAAACCCCCAGAGAGUUCUCUUCUUUUUCGAUGGAAUCGAUGAAUUCAAAUGUAAUUCAACGAUCGGCACGGAUGAUAAUAAUCCUCAAUUCAGAAACAGCGUAGACGAGAAGAUGCCCCUUUCCGCUCUUUAUGCCAAGCUUACGACUGGGCAACUUCUUAACGGAGCUGCCGUUUUGACAACUACAAGACCUACGGCUAUGUCAUGCAUCGAAAGCCUUCCUUUCGACAAAAUCUACGAGAUCCUUGGCUUCUCAUCCGAACAAGUCGAAGAGUACGUUACCAAAUUUGCUGAAGAAGAGAAGGAAGCAGGCGGCACACUAUGGCGACACAUCAACAGCAACAUCAACCUGUUGUCUCUCUGCUACAUUCCUGCGAGUUGCUUCAUCGUUUGCUCAAGUCUCUUCCAAAUGCUAAGGUACUACGGUUCUAAAGGUCUUAGCCUACCAACAAAACUGACAGACAUUUACAAGAAAGCGGUCAAAAUUUUCUACUUGAGGCACAACGAAGAAUUUCGCUAUAAAUAUUUCACUCGCGAAGACUUCGAAUCAGAUAAAUUGCUCCCUGAAGUGGAAGAGAAAUUCGAGAAACUGGAAAAAAUGGCAUUUGAAGGAAUUAAAGAUGGAAGGCUGAUCUUUGGGGGAAACGAAGUACACGGAAUGGAAGACAGCGCUCUAUUUCACCGCUUAGACGACCGUGACACUGGUCCGUUUGAAAGCGAAAGACAGUUUUGUUUCAUUCAUUUGACAAUGCAAGAGUUUUUCGCCGCGAGAUAUCUCGCAAACUUGAGUGAAACAGAAUUAAGGAACUUUGUCUCCGCGAACAUUAAAGACGGCAAAUAUCAACUUGUGUUUCAGUUCUUAGCAGGACUAGUGAAUGAUAAAGAAAACCUAUUUAGUGAGAUAUUCACUGACCUUCUUCCCGUGAAAACUGAAGAGAGAGAAUGCCACAACGAAGGGUGGGCAGAGAAAACGAAAGUGACUUGCUGGCCGACUAAAGACGAACAAGAAUUAGCAGUGACACUGUUAAAAUGUAUAAACGAAACAAGUCAAAUGACCACAGUAGUGCAGAGGAAACUACAACAAAGUAACUUUAAUUGUGUAAAU